UGUAGAUAAAUUUCUCCACUUCGUGGUGAUGUUCCUUUUGGAAUACGCGGCAAAUUUUAUAUUUGUAGAAACGAAAGAAACCCUUGCGCAGGCGCUCGAUCCACGAAAGGGAGAAGCUUCUCGUUCUUUUUUUAGCUUUCACUGCGCUUUUAUGGCUUAUAAUUUAAAUGUUUGAGGUUUCCUUUGCCUAGGUUUAGGGUUUCCUCUUCUUUCUUAGGCUCCAUGGAUAUCCCACAACGUCGUGGUUUCUCUGGCGGUGGAGCCAUCAGAUCAAGAGAAGGGGCCUCGACAAGAGUGGGUUCUUCUUCACAAGAAGAGAUUCAAUUGAGGAUCGAUCCUUUGCAUGCAGAUUUAGAUGAAGAGAUAACUGGCUUGCACAGGAAGAUCAUUCAAUUAAAAAGUGUAGCUCAAGAAAUAGAGACGGAGGCAAAGUUUCAGAAUGAUUUCAUAAGCCAAUUGCAAACGACAUUGAUGAAAGCUCAAGCGGGCCUAAAGAACAACAUGAGAAGAUUGAACAAGAGUAUUAUCCAGCAGGGUUCAAACCAUGUUGUCCAUGUUGUUCUAUUUGCACUCCUAUGUUUCUUUGUAGUCUAUCUCUUGUCCAAAUUUUUCAGGAGAUGAGACAUUGAAAGACUCAUAAGGAUGUCACAGAGUAUAACUUUCUAUUUUGUAUAACAAAUUAUGCUCAAUGGCACAAUUUCACACUUGUUCCAUCCACUCAAGAACUAGUUUGAGGUUAUUAUUCAAAACCAAGGGGUAUGGCGUG